AUGAUGCGAUCGCCGACCGAACCAACAACAGCACUGUCCGUCAAGGACGCUUGUGGCAGGCAAAUCAGCUUAUUAAACGAUCAACCGCCUCAAGAACAGCGAGAAUCGAAACCAGCCGCCGCCACCAGUUCUACUACCGGACGGCGUCGGUAUCAUUGUACCGAGCCGGGGUGCAAUAAGAGCUUUACUACUAGUGGGCAUUUAGCGAGACAUAAUCGCAUUCAUACCGGUGAGAAGAACUUCCACUGUCUCUAUCCUGGUUGUCCCUCUCGCUUCUCCCGACAAGACAACAUGAUGCAGCAUUACCGCACGCACAUGUCACCCAAGUCGAGACGCCACCAUCAACAAUCGAAGCAACAACUCCAACAACAGCAACAGCAACACCAUCAUCAGCAGAUGCAGCCGUCGUAUCAUUAUGGCCCACGGCUCCAUUGCCAUGCGCAUAUUUGCUCAGAUGCGCAAUCGGCUCAGCUGCAUCCUUUAAUGACACGGCCUCAGCGCAGCAUGACUUAUCCGCCCCCUGCUGCUGUUGCCGAUCCUUAUCCUCGACCGUGCUACUACCAACAAUAUUCUUCACCUCCACCACAGUAUCACCAUUAUCAACAUCACUACCAACAGCAGCAGCAUCAUGUUGUGUUACCAAAGCCUCUGCCAAUGGAGCCAUCCUCGCAAAGCACGACUGGUACUGGUACUCGUCCUCGCCGGGCUUCAUCGACUUCAUCUUGCUCGUCAUCGAAUUCGUCGUUCGCUUCACCACCACCAACAGCCACUUUGCUCCCACCAAUUCAGCCCAACACUGGUGAUGACAAGUCCAACGGUGGCUUGUUGCAGCUCGCCCACAUUGUCAGCACUUUCGGCUAA